AUGAGUAUACGGAGCACACGCAACAGCCGCCCAGGACUGCAUACGUCCUCGGGGGGCUUCAGCAGCAUGUCCAUGGGAGCCUAUUCCUUCCCCAGGACCAGCAACGGACCCAACCAGGUGGCCCCAAUUACGGCUGUGACCAUCAACAAGAGCCUGCUCACCCCGAUCAAUGUCAACAUUGACCCCACUGUCCAUGCUGUCCGCCAGCAAGAGAAAGAGCAGAUCAAAAGCCUCAACAACCGCUUUGUCUCAUUCAUUGAUAAGGUAAAUGUGUUUUACAAUAUCUACUUAAAGGCCAAACUCUUGUGUUAAAAAAAAACAGUUCUCGAUUUAAUACCUCCUGGUUGUGCCGCAGGUGAGAGACCUGGAACAGCAGAACAAAAUGCUUGAAACCAAAUGGAAGCUCCUGCAGGGACAGACCGCAGCCUCCUCUGAUGUUGAGCCCAUGCUGAAGUCUUACAUCACCAGCCUUCAGAAACAGCUGGAGCACCUCAAAAAUGACAAACAAAGACUGGACAUGGAAAACAACGUCAUGCACAAAAAUGUGGACGACUACAAGACCAAGUAAUAGAAUUAUUCAAUGGAACUAAACUAGAACAGAGGUUCAAACAUUUCAAUGAUGAAGUGCUUACUGAUAAGAUAUGGAGGAGUAAUAUGAUACUUUUGGGCUGUUUCAGGUAUGAGCAUGAGAUCAACAAGAAGAACGACGUGGAGAAUGAGUUUGUCAUUAUCAAAAAGGUACAUUUACCAUUAAAGAUGAGUAUGAUACAUAUUCAUUUAGCAUGCUAAAUAUGUAUAUACUUAUUUUUUUUCUAACUGUGAUUUUUCUCAUGUGCAGGAUGUGGAUGCAGGCUAUAUCUCUAAGGUCGAUCUUGAGGACAAAGUGGCUUUUAUCAGCGAUGAAUUCAAAUUCCUCCAGGCUCUGUAUGACGCGGUACAUAACCAAUCCCUUAACAUCUUAAAAUUUCUCAUAUAUUUAUCAAAAAUUAGAUUUUUCUUGUAACUGUUGGUGUGUUUUUUAAUACAAAUAGGAGCUGCGUGAGCUGCAAGAGAGCUUACGGGAGACCUCUGUGGUGGUGCAGAUGGACAACUCCCGCGCCCUCAACAUGGAUCAAAUCGUGGCUGAUGUCAAGGCUCAGUAUGAGGACAUUGCUGCCCGCAGUCGUGAGGAAGCUGAAAGCUGGCACAAAACUAAGGUACAAAAAACUAAACAAGCCAUGUUAAUCAUCUUAAAUUAGUGAUUGAGCAUCUACAGCAUAAAAAAUGUGAGGGGUCAACAGUUCAGAAAAAGCUCAUAAACCCGUUACAAUUUCACGUCUUUUGGAGUGAAACCGUCCUUGUCAAACCUGAUAACUGAUCACUCCCGUUUCUGCCUCUGUUUGUUUUUCUGACUGCACCAGUAUGACCAGAAGACAGCUGAGGCCGACCAGUACAGCAAUGAGCUGCGAAGCUCCAAGGUGGAAAUAUCUGAGCUCAACAGAAUGAUCGCUCGCCUGCAGAACGAGAUCCAUGCUGCAAAGGCACAUGUAAGUAAAGGUUUAACACAUGCCUGAUAUGUUGGGUUUUUUUUAAAGGUUGAUGUACUUUUCCAUAUGCUGUUUGGGUUUAAAGAAUGUUUAGAUAAUGUAUAGAAUUAAAUUUUAAUAGUAAUUAUUAACAGAUUGCUGAUAGUCUAGAGACAUAUCAAUUGCAAAACAAUAUCUUCAUACUCUAUUCGUGAAGAAAACAAAGUUUAAUGCUUCUCCUUACACUGAAAUGAAACAUCAGUUAUGAGAAAUCUUCACACCUCUAUUCAGAGGAUAACUGAUAUGAACAGUCCUCACUAAAUCCAUCCCUGCUCUAUCUUAGCGGGCCAACCUUGAGGACCAGGUAGCUGAAUCAGAGCGCCGCGGGGAGGAGGCCGUGCAAGAUGCAAAGGUCCGCAUCAGGGACCUGGAGCUGGCCCUGCAGAGGGCCAAACAGGACAUGGCACGGCAGCUCAGAGAGUACCAGGAGCUCAUGAAUGUCAAACUGGCCCUUGACAUUGAGAUCUCCACCUACAAGAAACUGCUGGAGGGAGAAGAGGAAAGGUGAGUAACAGUGGUUGAUCACAGUAUUGGCACUCUUGACAAAACUCAAUGACUGUGAACUGGUGCUAUAAUAAAAAUAGAAGGACAUAACUGUUUCUUGUUAAAACCAGCCAUCUGAAAUACCCAUUAAAAAACAGUAUGAAGGUAGAUGUGGUGUUUUCCUCCAACCUCUAUAAGUUUUGAAUACCUUUCCCUUUCCCAUACGUGACUGUAAAAUCUUAUUUCACUAAUAACUGCAAACCAAGUUUGAGUUUCAUUAGUAUUAAAGCUAAAAAACUUGCAUAGCUUGCACUUGUACAAGUUUAUUUUCCUGUGCUGCCUUCUAACAGCUGUUUACUUUGUUAAUCAUGCUUAAAAUCUGUUUCCUGUUUUCUCACCAACAGACUUGGACAGGAAUCUGUUUUCAACAUCCAAACAGUGCCCACAAAAGGUAACAGAUUAAGUUUUUGACAAAGAUCAAUCGGUUAUAAUCACCGACUCUUGUAUUGUACUCAUAUUGGUGUGUGACCUUUGAUUAAGCUUAAUCUAUCUUGUGUCUUCCUCCCUACAGCGGCCCCAGUUCACACCCUACAGCGGAGAAGGUCAAACCCAGUUCUCAUCAAGACAGUUGAGACCAUUGACAGAACAUACUAAAAAAAUCUGAACUUAAACUGACCCACACGCCGCGGACAUUUAACUCAAAUAAUAACAGCCUGUAUAUGUAGGCCAACUGCGCUUAAGAGCCAAAUGUGUUUGUCAUUUGUGUAUUUACCUUCUGCUUUUGUUGAGUGCUACACUAUUUACCUCAUUCUAUAUUUGAAUAAAGAAAUACUCAAUAACAGUCCAUACUUUUUUUGGAGGGUGGGGGGUCUUCACAAUGUACUGACAAGGGAAAAAGUCCAACCAGAGGCCUUCUUCAAAUUUGACAAGAAGACUCUGUUUAUCUGGCCAAUUGGAGGCCUUCUACAAAUCAGUCAAUCAGAAGGCUCGGUUCAUCUGGCCCAUCAGGAGCCUGCUUCCUGGGGACCAAUCAAUGGGGUCAGUUAAUCCAGCCUUACAGGGACUUGCUUUUAACUGGCCGAUCAGAGACUAGCUUUUAAAAUGAACUCCUUAAUGUUCAUAGACAUUGAGGCCCUUUUAAAGUGAGAGCCAAUUAACAGAUUUUUACAGUGUUCUUUCGUUCUGUGACACACCAUCAUGAUAAACAGUUGACAGUCCAGUAAAAGAUAAAAAAAAUAGACAUUGCCACCUAUGUGAUUAACCCUCCUCCUGUGUUAGGGUCUGCACCAACACUUUAACACUUUAAAGAAACGCUUAAAUUAGCUUUUUAACAUCAAGACUUUUUGACUUUGUCAGGAAUCUCUAUUUCAACAAAGUCAAAAAUUAAAAAAAAAAUUAAAUUGACUAAAUUACAAAGUGCUCUUAUCAAAAUUAUGGCACUUGUCGUGUUAGGGUCGCUGUUGACCCGGUAAGAACAAUAUUUAAUAAUUAGAGCAAAAACUUAAAUAAGUGCACUGGCAGGCACCACACUGACAGUCAGAUCCUCUUCCAAUCAUGUGAGAUUUAGGAAAUUCUCAUUUUGCCAUGUUUUUCCCCGCACAAAAAACAGCCUCGGGCAUGUCCAGACAUGUAAGAUCAAUUUAGUAUAGAUGUCUGUAUGAGGGGUAUACUGACAAAGAAAGGCCCAAAACCGACCCUUAACACGGAGGUUGCUUAGUAAAAGCUAACACAGGAGAAAGGUUAAGUACUUUUAACUGGUGACAGUGUCUGUGGAUUCACUGGGCAAACUGGUGACGUUUAAAUAAACAAUCAUUGGGUUAAAGCGCCCCCUAGUGCGUAAGGACUCUAAUGAAUUUCAGUGCCAGUUGAAAAAAAGGCAGAUAACCAAAAAGGGCGAAAGGGCGAAUUUUACGACAAAACCUCUCACUGACUCUUACUCGCACAUUUUUACCGUAAUUAUCCCAAUGCACGCCGACUUAAAAUGUGAGCGUAGCUAAAAUGUCCGGCUGGCAUUACCGCAGUGUUUGACGUCGAUUUCCUACAGCUCGCCUGUAAGACACAGUCGAGGGUUAAGAACAAUAAGCACUUCCUUAUUGCGUUGGUAAGUUUCGACCGCAGCCACGCUCGAGCCCCAAACCUGACUAUGAUAACAGAAGUCUGACUCCUCUGCGGGCUAUACUUGACUGUGUCUGUUCCUGUUCAUUUUCCUGUACACCACAGCGUUGAAGGUAACUUCUGCUUUCCAUUUCCGUUUCCAGAAAAGACUUUAAUAAUAGGCUACUAGUGUAACGAAACGGAUCUGAGAUUAAACUUUAAUGUUGAGAGCUACAGUUCAAUUCAUUGAUAUUUUCUCUCCACAGUGAUUUACAUUAUGGACAAAAACGCUGUGAAGACUCAUAUCCUGUGUCCAGAGGGCGUGCCAACUCUCCUUGGUGGAGAACUUCCCGCAAGUGUAAUAAACAAGGAUGAUUAUAUUUCACCAGUGACUUCAAGUUCUGACACAUAUGUGGAUAAUGCCAUCUUCUAUGCUCUGUCUGGCGAAUGCAAAACUGUGGUGCUGGUUGGUCCUCAAGGAUCAGGUAAGACCACCAGUCUGCAGAAGCUAGUAUUAGAUUGGGCAAAAGGGCAACACCUUCAAGAGUUUUCCUCAGUUUUUUACUUCCAGCUCAGAGAAUUACAGUCUACAAAUAAGGAUCUUUCCUUGGAGGCGUUGAUGUUGCACCCUCAAGGUCUGAUCCAAUCUGAGUCUUUGCCCUCAGUGUUACAGAAUGCUGAAGAUGUGUUGUUUGUUUUUGAUGAUGUGGAUCAUUGCGAAGAAAGCGUGGAUCCCUCCACCCAAACCCUGUGCUCGAACCCCUGCCAGACAGUGUCGCUGUCUUGCUUGGUGGCCAGCUUGCUGCAUGGAUCCCUGAUGAAAGGGGCGGCUUUUGUAGUGGCGACCAGACCGACAGAGACUCUGAAGUUUUUGGGUGGUACUAAAGUUGAAGUAAAGGGGUUUCUGAAGCCACAAAGAGAAACCUACUUUAAAGGCUUCUUUUCUGACCAGGGUGCUGCUAAUGAAGCACUACAGCACAUGGAAAGAACUCAAGGCUUCUACAAUAUCGCCACCUCCCCAAGAUUUUGUUGGACGGUGUGUUCUAUGUACAAGUCUCUGAUGGAUGCUGGAGCAAAACUCCCUGAGACGAUAUCCCAGCUGUGUGCAAACAUCAUGGUCCAUCUGAUUGGGCCCCUGUCGCUGAGCGAGGACUGCAACAGAGAAUUAGUGCUAGCCCUCGGCAGAAUGGCAUCUCACUGCUCUCUCAACCAGAAAUCAAGGUGCUGCAAAGAAGAAACAGACACCUUUGGUUUUCAGAAGCUCUCUGCACCACUUGAGAUUUUCUUGCAAGUAGAUUCAGAGCGUUCAGUCUUCUCCUUCUACUCCCAGCUGAUGCAGGAGCUCUUCUUGGCCUUAUCUUUCUUUUUGGACAAUUCAGCAUCUGAGGAUAUGGUGAAGAUGUUGGAAAAACACAAAAACACAAAGUUUCUGGAUGGCUUCUUGUCGGCAUUCUCUGAACCGAUUCAACGCAGACCUCUGGAGGUCCUGCUCGGCAAAUUCAACUCGGACCAGAUCACGCAUUUCAAGAGCUGGUUCAAAAGCAGCUCAGAGAAGAUACUGGCGGGAAUCCACGAUGAGCACCACCAUCGCCGUUUCCGUAUGCUCCAUCAGGCUCAAAGUGACCGCUUGGUGAAAGAGAUCGUCACCCCCACAGCAAGAUUAGGCCUUGGCUAUGGAAACCUGAGCCUUGAGGACUGCGUGGCUCUGAAUUAUGUUGUGAUGUGCCUUGGUAAGAUGGACCAGUUGAAUCUGUGCUACACCAGCAAUUUGACUGAGGAGAUUGCAGAAAGGCUGGCUCCAAGUAUACGCUUGUCUCAAAAGCUGAUGUAAGUUCUGAGAUGAUUUUACUGAAGUUAGAAUUUCUCAGACUCCAAUCCAAUACCAUAAACAAUGUUUAGGGUGUCUGCUAAUUCAUCCAUUUUGGUACCAUAGUUCAUUAGCCCUCCCCAAAUAUAGACUUUUACUCAUCUUCCCCAAACCCAACCAUAAAUGUACAUCCAUCAAAAAAUAGAUAUUGUGCAUAAUUAUUUUGAUUUUUUUGUAUAGUACAAAUACCCAGCCUAAGACUAGGAAUCAGAUGUUUAAGGUCUCUAUUUUCAUGUGAUCAGUGUGCAAAUAACAUAUAUUUUGACAUUUUUUUCCCUAUAGCCUUUUGUACAGCUACUUGAGUGAAGGCGCCGUUCCUAUAGUGGCCUCAGCUCUCAGCAAAGGACUUGUCAAGGAGCUGGAUCUCUCUAACAGCUCCCUUGGAAAUGAACAGUUUAAGGUCCUCUGCACUGGGCUCCUCCAGGGCAACCAACUACACCAUUUACAGUAAGGCUUUAUGUUAAAAGUCAAUUCUGAAGAAGAAGUCUCUCAGUUCAGGAUUAAGUUGUUCAUUUUUUUUCUCCUCUCAAUUUACCUAGACUUGUAGGAUGCAAACUGACCGAAGCGGGCUGUGAAGAUCUGGUAUCUCUCCUGAUCUCAGGCACCUCUCAGCUGUGUGUGUUAGACCUCAGGGCUAAUGAGAUCAGAGAUCAGGGCUUAAUAAAACUGAGCAAAGCCCUGCAGAGUCCUCACUGCAAACUGCAAGAGCUGAUGUAUGUAUCUGAAGUAGAAUAGCGUUUUAAGUUUUGGCAGACAUGAAUAUUUUCCUUGUCUAGAUUGCUUUCUGGUUUAAAAAAAAAGAUAUUUUUUUCUCCCCAAGGGUUCAACACAAUACAAUAACUGAUGCGUCCAUUGACGCUUUAUCAGCAGCUUUAUGUUCUGGCCAAUCAGAGUUGAGGAAAGUAGACCUUACAUACAACAAGGUCGGCAACAGUGGAGUUGAAGCUUUGUGCAAGGCUCUGCAGCAUCCUCUUUGUAAACUGCAGUACCUCAAGUAAGUGUGCAACCAAAGCUCACUGGGGCUUUGAAAUGUUGAAAAUUCUUGAAAGUAAAUAAGUAAUCAAACCUUUACAGCCUCAUUUUGUCACCAUUUCUUUUUCUCACGUUGUAGACUGUAUGGAAAUGAGUUUACUGGGGAAUGUUGCUCCUACUUGAGAGACGCUCUGAUGUCAGGGCACUGCUCUCUGGUUGAGUUGGAGUUGUCAUGCAACGAGAUAGGCCAGGAGGGGGCGCUGCUGCUCUGCCAGGCUCUCAGUCAACCUGGAUGUCCCCUGGAAGAUCUCGGGUAGAGUCACGUGUGAACAGUCUGUCUAAGCACCACCUUUAACAAAUAUUUGUCAAUGUUUAGAUCACUUGACUGGUGCAUGUCUGCUUCUCCCCACAGCUUUUGUGCAUGUGACUUAACUGGAGUGGUCUUUAAAGAACUGGGCUUGUUGCUGAAAAGUGGGACCUCCAAACUCAAGUUUCUGAAUGUUGGUUGCAAUAAAGUAGGCGAACAAGCAGUUAAACACCUUUUGGAUGCUGUUGCACAUCCAAACUGUGUGUUGGAGGAACUGAAGUAAGUUUACCAAAAACUAUCUCCUUGUAGCACAUUCAUUCCACAACACUGUCCUUUCAUUUCUACUCUGUGUGCCUUUCUUUCAUGGCAGUGUGGAAAUGAAUGGUCUGACAGAUGCCUCUACCAAGGACUUGUGUGCUGCUAUUAGAGCCAGUCAGACUUUGAAGAGCCUGGAGCUGAGAAACAACUCACUAACUGAUGAAUCAGUACCAGCUCUGGUCCAGGUCAUGCAGGACAACCCCAACAUGCUGGAGAUGGUGUAAGCCUGGGUUCACGUUUGUUCAAUAUAAGCUAUAAAAGAAAACAGAAAAAGAAUCUAACGCUUUUUUUUUUUCUCUUUCAGCCUAAAGUACAACGACAUCUCUGAAGAUGUUUUCAGUCUGAUGGAUGAGUGUGAAAGAAUAAGAUAUUAA